AUGAACCAGAACAUGGACCUUUGCUUAACUGAGGAUGAACUUGAGAAGCUUACUAGUGAAAGUUCAGAUGACGAUAAGAAGUACUAUAAAGAGUGGCAUAAGGCUAAUAAGAUGGCAAAGAAUGUGAUUAAGACUACUAUGUCAGACACAGUUAGAGGUAGCAUAGAAGAACCUGAUCUAGCCAUGGAUUACCUGUAUGCCAUCCAUGACAAGUACAAAGAGAGUGAUAAGGCUGAGGCUGCUAGAUUGGCAAAGGAAUUUAAUGAGCUUAAGUACACUGGCACAGGGAAGGUGAGAGAGCAUAUCAUGAAGUUAAUUGAGAUUAAUGCUCAGCUUAGGGACCUCAACAUGGGGGUCACUGAUGAUUAUGUAGUGCAUGCUGCACUGCAUUCCUUGCCAAAUAGUUUUAGCCAACUCAGGACUAGCUACAAUGCUCAAAAGGAAAAAUGGAGUCUUAAGGAGCUGAUUGCCAUAUGUGUAGAUGAGGAAGACAGGAUGAGAAAAGAGAAAGAGCCAAGUACCUCAGUGAACCUUGUUGAGAAGCCUAAGAAGAAAUACCAAAACUAG